AUGCUUGCGUUCAAGACACUGGUAUCCGUUUAUAUAAGUGGACGACCGUGGGAAAACGGAACACGUCGGAAAAUCCGACUGGAUAAUGUUAUGCUGGAUCAUGGCUCAGACGAACCUAUUUCGAUGCUCCUGUCAAAGUUGCGCCGUCCGUCUGAUACGCCAUCGACUAGCAUGCAACAGACAACCGUGAAUUCCAUGGAUCAGCAGCGUUCGAACAUCACUAAUGAUCCUACGGUGUCGUUAGCUGCACCGUCUGAAUCGCAAAAUGCUGACCAAUCGUGCAUGCUGCGGCCGCCCGAAGAAGAAUCUACUCAGCCGUCACGUAGCUUAAAAAAAUCCAAGCAAACCAAAAUGCGUACACCUCGUAGAACUGGCAGUGAUUAA